GGUUCAGGGUUUCUGGCGAAUGGCAGCAGGUGCCGAGUUUAAUGUUUUCAUGCCGCGUUCAGGGACCGUCCGUCCACGUGCGUCAAAGCGGUCGAUCCGGAGUAGUGAGCUGCAUUGAAAGCAGCUCAGGCUUGCAUUGAUUUCUGACCAUCAGAGGAAUAAUAAAGUGAUUGUGUCACGUCGCUGCACACAUUUUCCUCCCAGUCACAAACGAUUUCCAACAUCUGACUCACAACGAACCGAUGAAAGACUGAGAGCGACUCGAUUCAUCCUGUCGUUUACAUUCUCUGUCUCACGUCUUUGUCUCAUGAAUGUAUAUAAAUGUACUCCUUCCUCAGUAAAAACGUAGUUCCAGCAUUAUUACCACCACUGUUACUUCUAGUACCGCUAAUUAGGUUAGAUUCGAUUCAACUUUAUUGUCAUUACACACCAAGGCACGGAAUUGCAGUUAACCAGAAGUGCAGUAAGCAGCAAGCGCAAAGAUAUCAUAUUCAUAGUUAAAUGUAUAAAAUUCUCACGCCCAACGUGGGACUAAUACUAAAUUGACCCCUGCAGCAAAGACAAAAACUCUUAACUUCAACCCCAAAUAUGACCAGACUGAUGAUAAUGUCAGCUGCUGGUUUGUUUGGCUGGGAACAACAGAAAACCUGUUUGUUUUCUCUGAGUGUCCAGGUUCUCUGUGAGUCUGAGAAGACUGGAGGCAGAGGGAAACCGUUAGCUUAGCUUAGCACAAAGACUGGAGGCAGAGGGAAACCGUUAGCCUAGCUUAGCACAAAGACUGGAGGCAGAGGGGAACUGUUAGCCUAGCUUAGCACAAAGACUGGAGGCAGAGGGGAACCGUUAGCCUGUAUGUGCGCCCUCACAGUCUGUGUGUUAUGGACAGUAAUUGGUGGAGGAAAUGAGUUCACUGGAAUCUCUCUGUAGUGAAGACCAGGAUCGUCUUCAGGAACUGACUGAUGAAGACGAGGAUCGUCUCCACAGUGUCACAUCGUGUGUCAGCUGAAUACUUCGUCGCUGUGUGUGAGAGCAGCUGCCGCUCACACCUUCAGAUGGAUCGAUGAAGAGGAGAAAAGAUCUGAAGUGUUUGUCAUAACUGCAGCAGAUACAACAGAGUGUUUCAUCUAUUGAUCAGCUGCUCUGCUGGGGACCAAUCAGCUUCCUGUCUGUCAGACGGUGUGUUUGGGUGGGCCGGACCAACCCUGCUAUAAAAUUGCAUAUUUCCAUGACGUGUCGAGUCGUGUUGCCUUCAGGGAGGCACGUCAGGCCUGUGAGAUGGACGGAGGGUCGCUGCUCAGCAUCGAGAGUCCAGCUGAGCAGAGCGACAUUGAAAAUCUGCUGCAGGAGCUGCGUUCAGGAGCGGUGGGCGGUGCAGGAGGAGGAGGGGGAGGCGGAGGAGGAGGCAUAGCGGACGGUGAUUUCUGGAUCGGUCUGACUCGGGUGGAAGGAGUCGAUCAGACUCAUCCUGAGCUGAGCAACAGCUUCACUUCCUGUCCACAGCUCUACCACUGGACUGACGGCAGUGUGACCUCCUUCAGGAACUGGUAUUUCGAUGAGCCAUCAUGUGGAGGCGAAGCCUGCGUUGUGAUGUAUCAUCAACCAACUGCACUUCCUGGUCUGGGUGGGGCUUAUCUCUACCAAUGGAAUGAUGAUCGCUGCAACAUGAAACACAACUUCAUCUGCAAAUAUGAACCAGAGAGCCAUCUUGUGAAGGAACAGGGGGACACACCUGAGGGGCAGGGCACAGAGGCGACGGCAGGUGGAGGUGUGGUCAAACAGUCUGCAGGUGGCGACGAUGUUCCCCCUCAGGUCACCAUGGCUGGAGCUUCAGGCAUGUUACUGCUGUACGUCAUCAUUCCCACAAUCCCCCUGCUGCUGCUCAUCCUGGUGGCUUCUGGGACGUGUUGUUUCCAGAGGCUCAGCAGAAGCUCUCCCCACACCAAGACCGCCGCUGACCAGUCCAACCUGUGGAUCUCCAGGACGCCCAAAUUGGACUCCAUGGAGGUCUGACAUCACAGUGACAUCACUUCAAUCGCUCAAUCAAUCAUCUUCAUCAUGGCGUGAUGAUGGACAGGUGGAGCUUUGAGUUCUCAGAGGACGAUGAGGCUUUUAUUUUCUCUUCUUUUGGUGAAGCUUGUAUACUUUCACUGUACUUUUACUGCAUUUCUGGGUAUUUAUACUGCACCUCCACAGAGAUGUACUACACAUUACUACACAGGUAUGUGAAUGUGUUGUCACCUGCAUUUAUUUCCUGUCUCACUUUACUUUGGAGAUACGUCCUUCCUGUUCUUUCUGGCCUUCCUUCACUCCAUCUUUCUGUGCUUACAUCCUCCUUUCUGUUGCUUUUCUGUAAAUAAUUAAAUCUGAUGUUCUUUUCUUCCUGUCUUGUUUGUACUGUCCUCUUCUUCUGUCCUUCCUUCCCUCUACCUGCAGUCCCUGCCACCUUAUGUCCCUUGUUCCUCUCUACACCUCCUCCUUACCUUCCCUGCAUCCUUUCAGUAUCUUGUUUCCUUACUGUGCACUUUCUUUCCGUUGUGUUCUUCCACAUCUCCUUCAUCCUUCUUAUGUCCCACGUUCUUCUCCCACCUGCUUGUACUUCAGCUCUGGUUGGUCAGUCUUCACCUGUUUGUUCACCUGUGCUGACUGUACCUGUGUGUCACGUGACGAAUGUGUGCAGUGAACAAAGCGGGGAGGACAGAUCUGUUAAUGUGAGAAACACUGAAGCUGUUUUAUUUUUCAAGAGAAUCUAAGAUUUCAACAGAAAGCAGACUGUCGGAGGAAACUCUUCUCUCCUCGUCUGUAAUCAGUCCGCGAACGUGUCAUUAAAGCGUCUGAAUGUGGAACACGA